AUGACCGAGAACACUGUUUGUCCUCUCUCACCCGUGCGGGGGACUGUGAGGGUCCUUCAAGAAGAUGGCGAUGAACCAUGCAGUGAUGUGUCUGAUGUGCGCAGCAACUGGUCCCACCCCGGCCUUCGAACCAAUCUGGUAGACGAACAGAACGACAAUGAGGACAAGGGAGCAGCUGAUGGCGGUCACGUUAUGACCAACGCACAAGUGCGGGGGACUGCGAGACUCUUUCAAGUGGAUGGCGAUGAACCAUGCGAUGUGAGCAGCAGCUCGUCCCUGCCCAGCCUUGGAAACAAUCCGCUGGACGAACGACAGAAUAGCAACGAGGAUAAGGGGGCAGCUGAUGGCGACCACAUCAACAUCACAGCGUACCAGCACGGGGACGAAAGACGACGGGCGUCACUCAACUCAACCACAACCACCGCAACGGCAGGGCAGACAAACAUCGCAGUCAACGACAGCAACAAGGCGGCCGGGAAGCAAGAGGAGGGCCGUGUGUUGCCUGGCGAGGAGCGAGCGAUGGAUGCAUUAGUUCGCGAGUUCCGUGAGGCGGCUGGCUAUGAUGCUGCUUACGAGGAAUUCGACACGACGCUCGUGUACAGGACGGUGGCGGACCCCGACGGCAGAACACGAGAGGUGCUCGUGGGUGCACACUUUGCCCCCGAACCUCUGAGGAUCACCGUCAGACGAGUUAUGAAAGUCAUCAUGCGGCAGCUGGGGAUGGCUCUUGGCAUCGCGGCGCUUCUCGUUCUUUACACACUCGCUCUUCGGCAAUUCGCAUGCCGAUCACUUUUCGACCUGGGUCCCGCUUUCGACGUCAUCCGUCGUAUUGUGGCAUGCCCGGUAAUCCUGUUCUACCUGCAUAUUACUGAGGGAGUGGAUCUACGGAUGAUGCUCUCCAGGCUGAAGGAAUGCCGGCUCAUCUUCGCCGUUCUGAUGAUGGUGUCCAUCCUGAUUGCUGUCGCCCACCAAGCGCACGGGAAGGGAACUUGGAGGAGACGCAUUAUCACACCAAUGUGGUGGAGCUGUAUGAUCAUUUGCCCCUACCUCUACUUCCGCCAGGUGGCUGGAUCCCAGGUGGCUGGAUCCAUAGGCAUCAAGCACAAGCAGGAAUAUGCACUGAAAGGCACCAUUGUCUUUGCGCUGAGCUUCACUUCGACCACGCUCCUAGAGACGAUCUUCUUCCCCCUUGCAGCCGCUGCACAUACCGAUAAGAGACAACUUCAUAUAGCGGUCUCAUUUGUCUUAAUGUUCUUGCCGGUUGUAUCACUGGUGAACAAGCUUAUCAGAUCAAUUAAGGUACAUAUAUAGCGAAGCCAGCCCAAUAAUUCCGAUAUGUACACGUGCUUGUUCUCUCACACAGGAGGGCCCCCCAACCUUGAAUUCUCACAUGAUAGUUGGGCCUGCGGUAAUAUACGUGGUGGCACCAAAAUGCCUCCAAGCAGACAUGGCGGGCUUAGAUAGCAAGCUCAUAUACUCUAUCUUGAUUGCCCUGUAAGCUGGCUAUAGACGAAAACAUGAAUGAGACAUAUUACUAUUCAUCGCUGUCCGCCUUCAGCCUGGAUCUCAUCACGGAUAUACUACUUCCAUACUGUGCGUCAGCCAUGUAGUAGUGGCAUGUACAUAUGAAUGGACUUCUUGGAUGCUUCUCUUUAUAGCUGUCUAUCCUCUCUUGGAUGAAUGCAGACAUAUUGCUCUACGUUUUCGCAAGAAGGUUCUUCAUGAGCGGCCACUGCAACAGACCCAAACCCACUGCACAGCAGACAGCACAGGCAGGGACACCACAGGCGACGGACCCUCCUCCCUUUACUGACAUCGCGACCGCUGCAGUUGACAAUGCGAUAAGCGAUCGACCACUUAGACACAAAGACAACAACGCUUCAAGACUCCAGCACAGCGGGACGACGAGCAGUCACCUGAGGCGGCAGACCACAUUAAUGACAGCAGCCCUUUCCUUCAUUAGCACGGAGCCAGCGACUGUCAACGUGCAGUCAGCUUUGGCGUCUCUGGAAGUCUCAGCUCGCUACCUCCGCACCCUGUCAGACCAAAUCAGGCUGUACUCUCUCAUCGAAGUCACCGGGCUGCUCUACACCAACCUGACUUUGUUAAUUACUAACCAAAUAAUGGGCACCGCGUCAUCUCUCGCUUUUGUGCAAGGAAUUGGGGGCCUGUUCGUGCUGGUCAGCAUCGAAUGCGCUUUCGAAGCGGUUCUCUUUCUCGUGAUGGUCCGAUGGAACAACAUCCCUCUGCUGUCAUCCAGUUACGAGAAAGGCGUCACAUGGUGCGGAUUUUUUACGUGCUUAUGGAUGAUGACCCGCGGGUAAGCUGCGAUCGAGACACACACUAUUAUAUGCUGCAAGAAUGGACCCUUGUCUGCCUUUCCUGUCUGUCUGUCUGUCUGUAUGUCUGUUCAGUGUGUCGCUUAUGAUUCCGUAUCUUGAAGUCUUUGUACUUCGUGGGGCGGAUGCUGACAAGUGGGGCGAGCUUCAGCCUGAAGAUGUGUGCCCAUAUUUCUCGUUUAUUUUCUAAGGAGACACCGGCACCGUUCAUUCGUUUGCUUACUCGGUGGUGUACAGGUGAUUGGCCUUCUCUAGGCCGUCUACCUAUAGUAUGGGGACACACGAUGCGUGCUUGCUUCAUUACUCGGUCAAAUCAACCCCAAAUCACCUCCAUCCGCCCCCUGCUCAUCCGGUUCAUCAAAAACCCUACGUUGGACGCAC